AUGGCGGAUCUGCAGAUGAAGCUGCUGAGAAGAAAACUGGAGAAAAGGAGCCGGAAGAGCCGCCAGAGGAGGCGGGAGAGGGCCGGGGGACGGGUCAGUGGAGGAAGAUGGAGACACGGAGGAGAAGUCGGAGAGGGAGACCGGCGACGUCCCACAGCCUGCUGAUGUCAAUGGAGGUGAAGAUGACGGUGACCCCCAACCCUCCCCCACCAAGAAGAGGAAGAAGAAGAAACGGAAGGUGGUCUCUGAGGACGGCGCUGCAGAUGCCAAGAGAGUGAGGAAUGAGGAGGCGGAGCCUGCAGAUACCAAGCAUGAAGGUGGCGCAGAGGUUGAUGCUGGGGGAUGAGGAUGAUGAGCCGAGUUUGCCGAUGGGCCUGACAGGGGCCUUCGAGGACACGUCCUUCUCCUCGCUCUCCAGGCUGGUGAAUGAGAACACGCUGAGAGCGAUCGCUGAGAUGGGGUUCACUCACAUGACGGAGAUUCAGCAUAAAACCGUCCGGCCUCUUCUGGAGGGAAGAGACGUCCUGGCUGCGGCUCGUACAGGAAGUGGGAAGACGUUGGCCUUCCUCAUCCCGGCCAUAGAACUCGUCUACAAGUUGAGGUUCAUGCCCAGAAAUGGGACCGGGGUCCUCAUCUUGUCCCCCACCAGGGAGCUGGCCAUGCAGACGUACGGCGUUCUGAAGGAGCUGAUGGCCCACCACGUCCACACAUACGGCCUGAUAAUGGGGGGGAGCAAACCGCUCAGCGGAGGCCCAGAAACUGGCCAAUGGCAUCAACAUCAUUGUGGCCACACCUGGGAGAUUGCUGGACCACAUGCAGAACACGCCUGGCUUCAUGUACAAGAACCUGCAGUGCCUGGUGAUCGAUGAGGCGGAUAGAAUCCUGGAGGUCGGCUUUGAGCAAGAGAUGAAACAGAUCAUCGGCCUCCUACCGAAGCGCCGGCAGACAAUGCUGUUCUCUGCCACCCAGACCCGGAAGGUGGAGGACUUGGCCCGAAUCUCCCUGAAGAAGGAGCCGCUGUAUGUGGGGGUGGAUGACAACAAGGAUACGGCCACUGUGGACGGCCUCGAGCAGGGAUAUGUCGUGUGCUCCUCUGAGAAGCGUUUCCUGCUGCUCUUCACCUUCCUGAAGAAGAAUCGGAAGAAGAAGAUGAUGGUUUUCUUCUCCUCCUGCAUGUCGGUGAAGUUCCAUUACGAGCUCCUGAACUACAUUGACCUCCCAGUGAUGGCGAUUCAC